AUUUCUUCCUUAAAAUCCUAUGAUAUUUAUGGAGGUGCUUUAAAAAGGACCAGUUUUCAAAUGGCUGGUGAUAUUGAAGAACCUUUUAGCCUUAAUUUUCAGGCAGACUCGUGGCAAUCUGGAUCUAUCUCAUUCGGUAGAUUUGAGAAUGAAGCUUUAUGUUGGGAGAGGAGGUCUUCUUUUACACACAACAGGUAUCUUGAAGAGGUCAAGAAAUACUCCAAGCCAGGUUCUGUAACUGAAAAGAAAGCAUAUUUUGAGGAGCGUUUUAGAAGGAGGGCACUUCUAAGCCAGAGCUCAUCCGAUUGGCAGAACGGAACUGAGUCUCAAGCUAGUGAAAUUGAUGGCCCUGAGCAUACAGGUUAUGAAGGGGACUUUGAUCAUGUUAAUGACGUCAGCCUUUCCUCAUGCUUUGUUGAAAAUAAUGAUAGAUUAGCCAACUCACUGAAGAAUGAAAAUCAAGCUAGUGAAAUUGGUGUCACUGAAUGUACAGGUUAUGACGGGGACUUUGAGCAUGUUAAUGAAGUUGGGCAUUCUGCACACUUUGAUGAAAAUAAUGAUAGGUUAAUCCAUUUAUCGAAGAACAGAAAGUAUCAAGCUAUUGAAAAUGACGUAAGUGAGAAUGUGGGUUACUAUGGGGAUUUUGAGCGAGUGAAUGAGGUUGGUCAUUCCGCACGCUUUGAGGAGAGUCUUGAUGGAUCAAAUAAUGGAGACAUCAAAGUCACAGAAUGUGGACCCCAGACUGAACAAGCUACCAACAGUUCCCAUGGUCUUCAAAGUGUUUCUGAACAUCGGGAAGCUGAAGAAAAAUUUCAUCUUGAUGCUGGAAAUUCAACUUUUGAUGAUAAUCCUGUAUCUGAGAUUGAAGUGAAAGAGAAACUAGAGGGCCAAGAUAGCAGUAUGGAGUUUUCAUCAAACUCUGUUGAUCUGUACUCUAAUGCUCAUACCACCGAGAAAGAUGGCAGUGUUAAUUCAGAACCUCAACGAAGUUCAUCUUCGAAGGUGAGGACUGCAUCUCGAUCUAGAGAUACGAAAUCCAGAAUGUUGUCCCAAGUUAAUGUUGCUAGUGGCAAGGGGCCUAUCUCAAAACAAGCAUAUACAGACAUGCCAAAAAAAACAAAUAGAAGGCAUAGUGAUGUUUCUUUGACACAAAAAGGAGAAAAAACUGGAAUAGAAGUUCCUGGCGCUCUCCAUUUGCGUCCAACAUCCAGAACACCAAAAUCAGAGGUGUCUUGCUUUAUACAGGUUUGUUCGGGUUCAAAAGAAAAUGUACUUAAUCAACAGAAGAGCACUGAACAACAACGGAGAGCAAGAAAGGUCGUCGCUUCUCGUGCUUCCUGUACAGAGAAAGUUAGCCAUAGACUACACCAAAGUGUAAACAGGGAUAAGCAGAGUGUAAAUUCAUGUCAACCAGGCGUGAAACAGAAUGGAUCUGGUUUCCUUUUCAAAAGCGAAGAGCGGGCCAGGAAAAGGAAAGAGUUCCUUAUGAAGUUAGAGGAGAAAAUGCACGCCAAAGAGGAAGAAACACAUCUGCUCCAAGCAAGAACCCAGGAAAAGAAAGAAGCAGAGAUCAAACAGCUACGGAGAAGUCUCAAUUUCAAAGCAACUCCCAUGCCUGCGUUCUACCGUGAACCUGGUCGGCGAUCAGAAAAAAUCAAGGAGUUAGCAAAUAAAACUAAAUCAAGUAAAUCACAAAGCAGGCUUUCAUCUCCAGGGGCUAGAGCUACUAGUUCAACAGAGAAUACUGUUCCUUGUUCAAGAGCGGAAAUUAAUAACGGAUGUUCCACUAAUGAACAUCUAAACGUGGCUGAUUCGCCACAGGUUUCAGAAGUAACCAAUCAUGCUUCAGCAGAAUUAUCAGACAGCAGUGUGCCAUCUUCAGCUCCAAUAAGCAAAACUUCCCGCCAGACCCCAUCGAAUAAAGCAGCAACUCCAAAGAGAGUGCAAGAGAAAAGGCAGGUCGUGAAUUCUCCGAGGCCGAGAACAUCAGAUGCGAACAAAAGGAGCAACAGCUUCAAAGCUGAAGAGAAAACAAAGGUAGUUGCGCGAAGAAUAGGAAACGAUAUUAGAAGUAUUGAUUUGAGCCGUAGUACAAGAGUGGGUCGUUUAGCUGUUGGUGUUGCUUCCUAGACACAUCGGCUUCUACGUCUUUUAUGACCUGUCAUGUCUGCAAGAUGGACCAGCAAAGGUAAUCGAUCAUGUAUCUGAGACGGUAUACUUAGUGUGUAGGUUAAUUAGCAUUUCUGUUAGAUAUGCUGUAUGUAAUUAUGUGUAGUUCUGAUAGAUAAAAAUUAUGGACCUCUUUAAGCAGAGUUCUUGAAAGACCACGAAUGCUGUGCUACUAAAGAUUAUCACACUUUCAAUAAAAUGUUAAGUUGCAGUUUAAUUUGUA